GACCGCUCCCGCGAUUGGUAUGAAGGUAUGUAACUAUUUCCUGCUGUGUGUAAAUAAAAGUGAAAGUAUUUUAAAGCUGGAGUCUCCAUUUUGUCAAGAAACACAGAUACGAUGCUGGAAUAAUACAAAGACACUUUGUAUUGCAAGGAGCCCCAGCAUCAGUCAUCUGGUCUGGAUCGGCACAGAAAUGGAGGGAGCUGCUACUGAAAUGACCCCCCCUGUGGAGUGUAAAACAAAGACAACUGGGAGUGUCCAGAUGGAGAGAGCAGGCUCACCUGUACCCAGCUGUGUUUCCAUGAAGAGUGACGAAUCAAUGGAACGACCAAUCAGCUUCAGAGAGGGACCAUUUCCAUCAGAUCAAAGUGUCCUGAUGGAGAGAGCAGGCUCACCUGUACCCAGCUGUGUUUCCAUGAAGAGUGACGAAUCAAUGGAACGACCAAUCAGCUUCAGAGAGGGACCAUUUCCAUCAGAUAAAAGAGGCCCCAGCAGCAGUCAUCUGGUGUGGAUCGGUACAAAAAUGGAGGGAGCUGCUUCUGAAAUGACCCCCCCUGUGGAGUGUAAAACAAAGGGAAUUGUAAGUGUCCUGUUGAAGAGAGCAAACUCACGUGGACCCAGCUGUGUUUCCAUGAAGAGUGAAAAGUCAAUGAUGGAACCAGUCACCCUCAGUGAGGGACUUUUUCCAUCAGCUCAUUGUGUCCUGAUGCAGAGAGCAGGCUCACCUGUACCCAGCUGUGUUUCCAUGAAGAGUGACGAGUCAAUGGAGGCACAAAUCUUCUUCAGAGAGGGACCUUUUCCAUCAGAUCAAAGUGUCCUGAUGGAGAGAGCAGGCUCACCUGUAGCCAGCUGUGUUUCCAUGAAGAGUGACAGGUCAAUGCAGGAACCAAUCGACUUCAGUGAGGGACCUUUUCCAUCAGAUCAAAGAGGCCCCAGCAGCAGUUAUCUGGUGUGGAUCGGUACAAAAAUGGAGGGAGCUGCUUCUGAAAUGACCCCCCCUGUGGAGUGUAAAUCAAGGGGAAUUGUAAGUGUCCUGUUGAAGAGAGCAAACUCACGUGGACCCAGCUGUGUUUCCAUGAAGAGUGAAAAGUCAAUGAUGGAACCAGUCACCCUCAGUGAGGGACUUUUUCCAUCAGCUCAUUGUGUCCUGAUGGAGAGAGCAGGCUCACCUGUACCCAGCUGUGUUUCCAUGAAGAGUAACAGGUCAAUGGCAGAACCAAUCCACUUCAGAGAGGGACCUUUUCCAUCAGAUCAAAGUGUCCAGAUGGAGAGAGCAGGCUCACCUGCACCCAGCUGUGUUUCCAUGAACAGUGACACGUCAAUGGACCGACCAAUCAGCUUCAGUGAGGGACCAUUUCCAUCAGAUCAAAGAGGCCCCAGCAUCAGUCAUCUGGUGUGGAUCGGUACAAAAAUGGAGGGAGCUGCUUCUGAAAUGACCCCCCCUGUGGAGUGUAAAUCAAGGGGAAUUGUAAGUGUCCUGUUGAAGAGAGCAAACUCACGUGGACCCAGCUGUGUUUCCAUGAAGAGUGACAAGUCAAUGAUGGAACCAGUCACCCUCAGUGAGGGACUUUUUCCAUCAGCUCAUUGUGUCCUGAUGGAGAGAGCAGGCUCACCUGUACCCAGCUGUGUUUCCAUGAAGAGUGACUGGUCAAUGGCGGAACCAAUCUUCUUCAGAGAGGGACCUUUUCCAUCAGAUCAAAGUGUCCUGAUGGAGAGAGCAGGCUCACCUGUACCCAGCCGUGUUUCCAUGAAGAGUGACUGGUCAAUGGCGGAACCAAUCAGCUUCAGAGAGGGACCUUUUCCUACAGAUCAAAGUGUCCUGAUGGAGAGAGCAGGCUCACCUGUACCCAGCUGUGUUUCCAUGAAGAGUGACAGGUCAAUGGACCGACCAAUCGGCGUCAGAGAGGGACCAUUUCCAUCAGAUCAAAGUGUCCUGAUGGAGACAGCAGGCUCACCUGUACCCAGCUGUGUUUCCAUGAAGAGUGACAGGUCAAUGGACCGACCAAUCGGCGUCAGAGAGGGACCAUUUCCAUCAGAUCAAAGAGGCCCCAGCAGCAGUCAUCUGGUGUGGAUCGGUACAAAAAUGGAGGGAGCUGCUUCUGAAAUUCCUCCUGUGCAGUUUAAAACAAAGGGAAUUGUACGUGUCCUGAUGGAGAGAGCAGGCUCACCUGUACCCAGCUGUGUUUCCAUGAAGAGUGACAGGUCAAUGGACCGAUCAAUCGGCGUCAGAGAGGGACCAUUUCCAUCAGAUCAAAGGGACCAGGUGAAAAAGUCUAAUGCACACCCAGAUAAAGGAGACUUAUCAUCCAUCUUCAAGUUACUGGAGAAAAAAGCUCAAAUGUUUCUGAAGGAUGAGCUGAUGAAAUUCCAAAGGUACCUGGAUCAGUAUGACCCAGAAUGCUCUGAGCCUCAGCUGGAGGAGGACAAUGACCUGGACAGUGAUGGUCAGAUGCAGAAGACCUGUGGUAGAGAGGGAGCUCUGAAGAUCACACUGUACAUCCUGAGGACCAUGGAGCAGAAUGAUCUCGCUGACAUGCUGGAGAAGAGGCAUCUUCUGUUGCAAUGUCAGCGUAGAAUCAAAUGUAACCUGAAGCAAAAGUUUGAGUGUGUAUUUCAAGGGAAAGCUAAGGAAGGACAGCCAACACUUCUCAAAGAGAUUUACACAGAACUCUACAUAACUGAAGGUGGGACUGGAGAAGUCAAUGAUGAACAUGAAGUGAGACAGAUUGAAACAGCAUCCAAGAAAAGGCGAACAGAAGAUACUACAGUCAAGUGCAAUGAUAUAUUUAAACCCUUAUGUGGGCGUGAGACACCUAUCAGAACUGUACUCACUAAAGGGGUGGCAGGUAUCGGGAAAACAGUCUCUGUGCAGAAAGUUAUUCUUGACUGGGCAGAAGGAGAAGCAAACCAGGACAUUCACUUCAUAUUUGCUCUUCCUUUCCGGGACCUGAAUUUGAUUAAGGGUGAAUACAGUCUGAUUGAUCUGCUUCACCACUUUCUCCCAGAACUGAAAUCAUUUAAAUCCGCUGAACUGUUUAGGUACAAAGUUUUGUUGAUCUUUGAUGGUCUGGAUGAGUGUCGCCUUCCUCUAGAUUUUCAGAACAAUGAGAGUUGGUUUGAUGUAACAAAAAAAACGUCACUGGAUGUGCUGUUGACUAACCUCAUUAAGGGGAAUCUGCUUCCAUCAGCUCUCCUCUGGAUAACCUCCCGGCCAGCAGCAACCAAUCAGAUACCUGCUGAGUGUGUCCACCAGGUGACAGAGAUACGAGGUUUCAAUGAUGCCCAGAAGGAGGAAUAUUUCAGGAAGAGAUUUAGUGAUCAGAGCCUGGCCAGCAGGAUUAUCACACAUGUGAAAUCAUCAAGGAGCCUCUUCAUCAUGUGCCACAUACCUGUGUUCUGCUGGAUUUCAGCCACUGUUCUUGAGAGUCUUUUUAGUGAGUCUGACAGUGGAGAAUUUCCAAGGACUCUGACUGAAAUGUAUACACACUUCCUGAUCUUUCAGACGAGUUUAAAAAAUGACAAGUAUAUGAAAAAACAUAAAAUCAAGCUUAAUAAAUGGACUAAAUCUGGGAAGAAAUUCCUUUUAAAACUUGGCAAACUGGCUUUUCAUAACCUUGAGAAAGGCAAUCUCAUAUUUUAUGAACAAGAUCUGACAGAGAAUGGCAUUGAUGUCACAGAGGCUGCAGUUUACUCUGGAGUGUGCACAGAAGUCUUUAAAGAGGAGUAUGGGUUGUACCAGGAGAAGGUGUACUGCUUUGUGCAUCUGAGCAUCCAGGAGUAUCUUGCUGCUUUAUACAUGUUUCUGUCAAACUCAUCAGCUGACCUGCUGAAGACUGCAGUGGAUGAAGCAUUAAGGAGCAAGAAUGGACACUUGGACCUCUACCUCCGCUUCCUCCUUGGCCUCUCAACAGACUCCAGUAAGAGUCUGUUAAAAAGGCUACUGGGCCAGACAAGAACCAGUUCACAUAACAGUAAGAAAACAGCUCAAUAUAUCAAGAAGAAAAUACAAGAGAAUUUAUCUGCAGAAAGGACCAUCAACCUGUUCCACUGUCUGAAUGAAAUGGGUGACAAUUCUCUAAUAAAGGAAGUACAAAGAUACCUGAGUUCAGGAAGCCUUUCAGCAGCAGACCUCUCACCUACACAGUGGUCAGCUCUGGCCUUUGUGUUACUGAUGUCAGAUAAGGAGCUGAAUGUGUUUGAUCUGAAGAAAUACAUCAGAUCAGAUGAAGGUCUUCAGAGGCUGCUGCCUGUGAUCAAGAAAUCUAGGACAGCUCUCCUGAACAGCUGUAGACUCACAGAGAAAUGCUGUGAAGUGUUGGCUUCAGCUCUCAGAUCAAACUCCUCUCAGCUUAGAGAGCUGGACCUGACUGACAAUGACCUGCAGGAUUCAGGGGUGAAGCUGCUCUCUGCUGGACUGGGGGAUUCACACUGUAAACUGGAGAUACUGAGCCUGAACAGCUGUAGACUCACAGAGAAAUGCUGUGAAGUGUUGGCUUCAGCUCUCAGAUCAAACUCCACUCAGCUGAGUGAGCUGGACCUGAGUGACAAUGACCUGCAGGAUUCAGGAGUGAAGCUGCUCUCUGCUGGACUGGGAGAUUCACACUGUAAACUGGAGAUACUGAGGCUGAACAGCUGUAGACUCACAGAGACAUGCUGUGAAAUGUUGGCUUCAGCUCUCAAAUCAAACUCCUCUCAGCUGAGAGAGCUGGACCUGAGUGACAAUGACCUGCAGGAUUCAGGGGUGAAGCUGCUCUCUGCUGGACUGGGGGAUUCACACUGUAAGCUGGAGAUACUGAGGCUGAACAGCUGUAGACUCACAGAGACAUGCUGUGAAAUGUUGGCUUCAGCUCUCAAAUCAAACUCCUCUCAGCUGAGAGAGCUGGACCUGAGUGACAAUGACCUGCAGGAUUCAGGAGUGAAGCUGCUCUCUGCUGGACUGGGGGAUUCACACUGUAAACUGGAGAUACUGAGGCUGAACAGCUGUAAUCUCACAGAGACAUGCUGUGAAGUGUUGGCUUCAGCUCUCAGAUCAAACUCCUCUCAGCUGAUUGAGCUGGACCUGAGUGACAAUGACCUGCAGGAUUCAGGGGUAAAGCUGCUCUCUGCUGGACUGGGGGAUUCACACUGUAAACUGGAGAUACUGAGGCUGUCAGGCUGUAGAGUCACAGAAGAAGGCUGUUCUUCCCUGGCUUCAGCUCUGAGGUCAAACCCCUCACACCUGAGAGAGCUGGACCUGAGCUACAAUCACCCAGGAGACUCAGGAGUGAAGCUGCUCUCUGCUCUACUGAAGGAUCCCAAAUGUAAACUAGAGAAACUGAUUGUGGACCACAGUGGAGAGUGCAGGACCAGACCAGGGCUCCAGAAAUACUCCUGCCAGCUGACGCUGGACCCCAACACAGCACACAGAGACCUGUCUCUAUCAGAGGGGAACAGGAAGGUGACACGGGGGGCAAAGCAGCCAUAUCCUGAUCAUCCAGAGAGAUUUGACAGCUGGUACCAAGUUCUGUGCAGAGAGAGUCUGACUGGUCGCUGUUACUGGGAGGCUGAGUGGGAUGGAGAUGGAGCCUGGAUAGGAGUGACUUAUAAAGGAAUCUGGAGGAAAGGAUGGAGUGAUGACUGUCGGCUUGGAUUCAAUGACAAGUCAUGGAGUCUGUACUGUGAUCCUGACAGAUACUCUGUCUGGCACAAUAAUAAAUGGACUGUCAUACCCAUAAAGCCCUCAGGCUCCCGCAGAGUAGGAGUGUAUCUGGACUGGGGGGCUGGUACUCUGUCCUUCUACAGAGUCUCCUCUGAUGGACUGACCCCCCUGUACAGCUUCACCUCCUCAUUCACUGAACCCCUCUAUCCAGGGUUUGAGGUUUAUUAUACAAACUCCUCCGUGUCCCUGUGCAUGCUGGGAUAGCUCACUGUGUGCUGGAGGAAUCAUUUUUACCUUAUCAGAGUCACAUGUCGCUGCUUCUCCACGGCAAAAAGGUAAAAUCUCUGCUUUUUAACCAGUAUAACCCUUUUUACUCUGUGUGACGUAUGUUAGACAUAAAAUAAAUGGGUUCGGCAAGCUGAAUAAACACAGGAAAUUACAGUUUUUCUCUCUGAAUAAAAUGUAAUAAAAUGUAAUCCUGAUGAUUGGGGGGGGGGGGGUCCUCUCCCGUUAUAUGUAAAUUUUAUA